AUGAGCGGUGCAGUCCGACAAAUCACUGUGACCACCGACCCAGGGAACCAUUAUUUCCUGCGAGUUGACUUUGCUGUCAACCUUAGUUCUGGGUUCACUAUCACUCUUUCCGAUGGCAUCUCUGCAUGGAACGGAGAAGUCUCAGAAGAUGAGGUUAGGAGGGAAGCCAAUGUUUUGGAGCUCCCAGUGGAGAGUUACGUGGAAGAUCUUCAUCAAGUGCUGAUGGGAGGUGGACAGAAGAGACCCCAUGAUGUUGAUAUUUAUUCUUUCCAGCUCGAUCUGGAUUGCCUCAAACUCUCAUAUCACAAAAUGUGUGAUGAUGUAUCGGUGCGCUUAGGCUCCAUGAAGCUUCAUCCUGCUCCACACCCAGUGGUGCUUAUCCGAGAGAUGAUUGGUCAGUCGCUCAAAAGCAACACUGAAAUGGAGAAGGAAAACUUGCUGCUAUUGGAGGAUAACCAUAAACUGAAAGAGGAUCAUACGCAAAUACUAAAGGAGCUGGAACGUCAUGUUCAAGAUAAGGAGACAAUGACACAGGAUCUAUACGCCCAUUUUGUUAUGGUGCUCAAUGAGAAGAAGACCAAAAUCCGAAGCUUGCAGGAUGCUCUCAAACCAUUUGACAAUGUUCAGAAGAAGCAAAGAGAUAAUCCUGUCUCUGCUGGUGAAGAUGACAGUCCAGACACAAGAGAGGAGACAUUUCAGAGCAGUUAUUCAUCACAGGAACCCACCAUCCCUAUCACAGGACAUAAUCAGGAGAGCCAGGGUUUCUCCUUGGACCAUACCAUGUCCCUUGAUGAGAAUGUUCAACCAAGAUGGAAACCAACACAAACGCUUGACUAUGAGAGCCCAGGAACUUCUGAAAUGAAUUGA